UAAAUUAUUGUGCAUACAAAUCCAAUCCUCUUUUCUCUCCGCUAAGCGAGAAACAAAACCAUGGCGGCGGCGGAUGAAGAUGAAGGCGUUCCGAUCAUCCGAUUCGGCAUCAUGGGCUGUGCUGAUAUCGCCAAGAAGGUCAGCCGUGCCAUCGCCCUCGCGCCCAACGCCUCGAUCGUCGCUGUGGCGAGCCGCGACGCGGGUAAAGCUCGCCGUUUCAUCGCCGAAAACGCACUCCCUGUGGGCACGAAAGCGUAUGGGAGCUACGACGCGUUGAUCGAGGAUGAGGACAUAGAGGCGGUGUACAUGCCUCUGCCGACGAGCCUGCACGUGCGAUGGGCGGUGGCGGCGGCGGUGAAGCGGAAGCACGUGCUGCUUGAGAAACCCACGGCUUUGGUCGUUUCGGAUCUCGAUAAGAUCCUUGAAGCCUGCGAACACAACAGGGUACAGUUCAUGGACGGCACGAUGUGGAUGCACUACCCACGGACGGCUAGGAUGAAACAGGUCUUAUCGGAUCCGGACCUCAUCGGACGAAUCCAAAUGAUCCACAGUACACGUGCAUUCUCAGCCACACCAGAGUUCCUGGAGACUAACAUCAGAAUUAAGCCUGACCUGGAUUCUCUAGGUGCUCUUGGUGACCUUGGUUGGUAUUGCAUAGGAGCCAUCUUAUGGGCGGUUGAUUACCAGCUCCCAAGAUCCGCCACCGCGCUUCCGGCCGUGCACUCCAACAAGUCAGGCAUCAUAUUAGCUUGUGCUGCCUCCUUGCAUUGGGAUGACGGCAAGGUGGCUACAUUCCAUUGCUCCUUCCUUUGCAACACCGCCAUGGACAUCCGCAUCCAAGGAACUUCUGGCUCGCUCCAUGUGACUGAUUUUGUAAUACCGUACCAGGAGGACUCAGCCUCAUUCAAGCUCAUCACUGGUGCACAUUUUGCAGAACUUCAUAUUGGGUGGUCAAAGAUGCCGGACGAGGUGCUUACCCUGACUAAUCUCCCACAAGAGACACUGAUGGUGCAGGAGUUUGCCAGGCUUGUUGGGCUCAUUCUGAGCUCCGGUGGCCGCCCCGAUCCUAAAUGGCCAGAUACCAGUAGGACGACUCAACUAGUAAUGGAUGCCGUCAAAAAAUCAAUUGAUCUUGGCUUCAAGCCAGUAACAUUGUAAGCCAACAUAUAAAUCCCCAAAAUAAGAUCACUUUAAUGUCCGUUCAUACACAACCAAGUUUAGCUAGGUUUUUUUUCCCCUGAAUUAAUAAAUGUCUAAAGAGGCAAAAA